ACUUGGGAUUUUAUCUUGUUUUGAGAAUUUUGUGGUCUAUGUUAGAACUAAUAGAAGUUAGUUAUUAAAGUAAAAUUUUCCAUUUUUGUAUGUUUGUUAAUCCAUUAACUUAUAAGAUUUACUUUUGUUUUGUCUUAGGUAAAAAUAUCACAUGCCCUCACCGUGAAUUUAGCUAGGAUGUUGAGUACUUCUAUGCAGUUGCCAAAUGUCCCAUUUUGUUGGUUUCUUGAGGUAGCUUGAGAAGCUGAUGUUGCUAUUUGAAGUUUGAUUUGCUGAUAAAAGAAAGUCUGAUUUGAGUAAAUGUACAUUGAAUGUGAGAGGUUUUGAUAAGGUUCAGGAUAGAAAAAGCAGAUUAUAGAAGGCUAUUUAUAUUUUGGGUUCACUAGAUUACAAGAAUCCAGGAAGGAUUUUGUUUAAGAUAGUCAAAAAACUCCCAAUAUAUAGGAGCCAUUUGUCCAUUCAUUGUUGGCAGCAGUUUUAGGGCAAAAGUGCUUUGCAAAUGGGGCAUUAUGCAGCAGUUUGGGAUCAUACAGCAGCAAUUGAAGUAACAAAAGAUUGGAAUGGGAUUGAUCAGGUUGUGCUUCGGAACCCUCAGGGCGCCUCUGCGCGGGUUAGCUUGCAAGGAGGACAAGUUACUUCUUGGCGGAAUGAACGAGGGGAAGAGCUCCUAUUCAACAGCAGUAAGAGCAUCUUCAAGUCUCCAAAAGCAACACGAGGAGGAAUCUCUGUUUGCUUUCCACAGUAUGGAAAUGGUGGUGCACUUGAGCAACUUGGAUUCGCAAGAAACAAAAUCUGGACCAUUGAGGAUGACCCUCCAUCUUUAGACUCAUAUGACCCACAAGGAAAAUCUUUCAUUGACUUGCUGCUCAAACCUUCAGAAGAUGAUCUCAAGUUCUGGCCCCACGGUUUUGAGUUUCGUCUUCGGGUUACGCUGGCAUCAGAUGGAAGUUUGUCCUUGAUAUCUCGUAUUAGAAACAUCAACGGCAAACAAUUCAGCUUCUCUUUUGCUUAUCACACAUAUUUCUCUGUUUCCGACAUAAGUGAAAUAAGGAUCGAAGGUUUAGAAACACUGGACUAUCUAGACAAUCUGUGCCAGAAAGAACGCUUUACAGAACAAGGAGAUGCCAUAACUUUUGAAUCUGAGAUUGACCGUGUAUACCUUAGUUCUCCAAAUCGCAUUGCUGUUCUUGAUCAUGAAAGGAAACGAACAUACCUGAUUAGGAAGGAAGGAUUGCCAGAUACUGUGGUGUGGAAUCCAUGGGAGAAGAAAGCCAAAGCAAUGGCCGAUUUUGGCGACGAGGAGUAUAAGCAGAUGCUUUGUGUUGAUGGAGCAUCAAUAGAGAAACCCAUCACAUUGAAGCCAGGAGAGGAAUGGACCGGUCGUGUCGAGCUUGUCGUCGUUCCAUCGAGUUUCUGUGAUCUUUAAUCCUUCUAAGUCUGGGCAGAAACAUUUCAGUAAAGGCUCAACAGCUUAAUGAGGGACUGUAAACUCUAUACUAGGUUUAUGUACUUGUUAAUGAUGAUGUAAUGAGGUGUUAUACAUUAGUCAUUAAACUGCUGUCAUGAACCACCAAAGCCUGUCGAUUUUUGGAAUGGCUUCUUGGUGUUUGUCUUUUGAAGAGUAAAGUUUUCUGUAUUGCAUUAGUAUUUUCAGGUUUGUGUAACUGGCAGUCUUGAUGACUUAAUGUCAUUUUGGUGAAGAGAAGAUCAAACUUUUCUGUGGUUUGGAGUAUACACCGCAUAGCUUCAUUCAAUGCUGCCACUUUAUAUCUUUUGAUUGAAUUUUCUGUUUAAUACUUAAAUAAA